AGCCUUAAAGGCUCAACAAGAUUUUGACAAAAUAUUAAUUGAAAUAGAAUUAGCAUCACUUCUUGAUUCAAAACCGAAUCUUACUCGCGCAUGUCGUUUACUUCGACCAAAAACUAUGGCUUAUUGGACAGACAUAUUUCCACACCUUAAUGAUGAGAGUGAAUACAAUAAUUUCAAAUCUCAUUUUCGUAUUCGGCGCUCUACAUUUAAUCAACUGCUAAGUGUUUUACAUCAACAUCCUAAUUAUGCGUUUACUCCUUUUCAACCUCAAAUUCCUCUUGAAAUGCAAGUUGCUGUUGUAAUUCAACGAUUUGAACCCUAUGGGAUAUCGUCAAUUGGAGCAAAUGUUCAACAAGUUAUUGAAGGGUUUGCACCGCCAGAAUUUGGACAACGAAUUCCUAAUGUUAUUGGAGCUGUUUAUGGAACCCACAUUCCUAUUCAGCAUGAUACCGAAAGCUUUACAUACAUUUAUUCUGGUCAACCUGGAAGUGUGCACGAUGCUCGUGCUUUCAAACAGUCAGAUUUCUGGGAAGAAGUUAUGAAGGAUGUUAGGAAACGGUUUUCUGAUAAUACGCAUCUUCUUGGAGAUUCGGCGUUUUCACUCAUGCCUUGGUUAUUGGUGCCGUUUAAAGAAAGCGGAAGACAGAGGUUAACACAUGCUCAGAAACGUUAUAAUAGAGCACAUUCCUCUGCUCGUAUGGCUGUCGAAAGAGCUUUUGGAAAGCUUAAGGCGCGAUGGCGCAUACUCAAAAAUGGUAUGAAAGUAAUAGACAGUACUGCUGUAGACAUUACUGACGUUUGUUGUAUCCUCCAUAACCUUUGUAUUAAUUGCUGUGAUUUCUGGGAAACCGCUGAAAAUACUGAUGGAGAUGACGAUAUUAAUAGCAUAGAUUCUGACAUAUCAGUUGAUGUUUAUACCACACAUUGUGGUGAAACUAAGAGAAACCAGCUGGUAAGUCAAUUUUCUCAUGAUGUGUAA